AUUUAGCUCUAGAUUGUAACCGAAAAUUUAGUGACCUCCUUUGCUUAACCGGAAGCCGCCGUUGUUCAGCAAGCUAAACAAAAGAAAAAAGAAGUAAAAAAGUGAUGCCAAAUGUAGGGAACUUUUGAUGACUCAUACAUUUAAUCUGAUGCAUCUGAUUACUGAAAGCAACACAGACAGGGCAGAGCUUGACUGAUGACUUAAAGCCUGAAUGAGCUGAAGAAGAACUGAGUGACAAGUAUGGAGAGAACUACCCUUGAAAGUGAGGAGCAUCACACUGAACUUUUAGAAGAGCUCAAAGCCAUGUUUGAAGAAGGGCUUUUGGUUGAUGUGACCAUGUGUAUCCAAGAUUGCAGAAUUCCUUGCCACAAGGCAGUCCUUGCAGCAGCCAGUCCAUACUUUAGGGCCAUGUUCACCACUGACUUGCAUGAGUCCAGGCAACAAGAGGUUUGGCUGCGUGAAACAGAUCCUGAUGCUGUACGCCUGUUGAUUGGAUAUGCCUACUCAGGCAAACUGGAAAUCACAUCAGCCAACGCCCAGAGUCUUCUGACGACAGCAUCAUUGCUGCAGAUGUCUACUGUCCAGAAAGCUUGUGCUAAAUUCAUGGAGUCUCAGCUAGAUGAAGCAAACUGUGUUGGCAUUCAGUGCUUUGCCUCAGUGCACAACUGUGAAGAGCUGUACACUAAAGCCAAGGAGUUUAUAGAAAAAAAUUUCACCAUUGUUUGCAGGACUGAAGAGUUUUUAGACCUGCCUCUGGACAAGGUUGUGGACAUUGUCUCCUCGGAUGAGCUGAAUGUGGAGAAGGAAGAGAUAGUGUAUGAAGCUAUUGUGACCUGGGUCAGCCAUGACAUGAAGAACAGGCGGCAGCAUCUGGGUGAGCUCAUGCUUCACCUCAGGUUCCCAUUAGUUGGGGUCAAAUUCCUUACAGACGUUGUCUACCAGAACCCUGUGCUGAUUGAAAGUGAGAAAGGUCGGGUUCUUAUUCGCAACAUCAGAAUGUUUCUUGAAAACCCAGAGAAGGUCUAUAGUGCCAGCAACACUAAAGAUCCAUUUCCCCUACGGUCUGGUAUGAUCCAGCCUGAACACUGUAUUUUGUUGGUUGGUGGAAUUGACCAAAACAAACCCUCAGCCAUCAAUUGCUACAAUCCAUUGACUAGAGAGGCAUUCUUUAUGGCAACAUUCCCAGAGUGUGAGGAUAAGGCUAGGUACUACUGUGUGGAGGACCCAGCUGUCAUUGUCACAGAGGACAACACUGUUUAUGCUGCUGGAGGGAACUACAUCUACCAUGCCAACUACGGGGAGUCACCAUCUGAUGAAGACUCUGUUUCCUUUGAUGAUUUUGAAGAUGAGGAGUCUGUGAGGAAAGAUGUUUACAUGUAUGACAAUGACCACAACAAGUGGAUACAGAAGGCCCCCAUGUUGUUUCCUAAAUCUAAUUUUACCCUGGCUUCAGUAGACAAUAAAAUCUACAGUUUUGGUGGCUUGACACUGAAUCAGCACCCGACUGAGAUAGUAGAGACGUAUGACAUUGAGAAGAAUCAGUGGAACUAUGUGGGCAUGAUGCCCACCACACUUGUUGAUUUAAGCUCAGUGGUCUACAGAGGUGAAAUUUACCUCCUAGGGGGCCGGACAGGUGUCGGAGCUCAUAACAUUGUUAUGAAAUUUGACCCACGUAAAAAUGAAUGGACCUCACUCGCUGGUAUGCCCACACCAAGAUUUAACUUUGGGGCUUGCGUCAUUGAUAACGAGAUUCUAGUGGCAGGGGGGCAGAUCUAUUCUCAUUCCACAAACACCAUCCGGCGCGAUGCCCUGCGCUCGUGUGAGAUCUACAACGUGGAGGCCAACCAGUGGCGCCAGGGACCUGAACUGACUGAAGAAAUGUACAACGUUGGCCUCAUGCAUGUCAAUGGGUGUGUGUAUGCUUUGGGAACUUCAGAGUACCAGCGAUCUCCCUUUAGAAUAUACCGAUACAAUGUGGUGUGCCGUCUGGAUUUGUCAAGGAAAAGGUGGGAGCAGGUAGAGUCUGAUCUGUGUGAUAUACGGAGCUAUGCCUCAGUUGCAGCCAAACUUUACACCAGGAAACUUUCUCAAGUAUUCAGACCCGAAGUCGACACUUAACUUGUUCACUUCAGUAUCUGUCUCUGUACCCAAGCUCCUUCGUCCCUAAAGAUUGUUCAGAUCUGUUAAAAUUCACUUGAUUCUAGAAUGUUCAUAUUACAAAGCUAGCUUUUAUUGUGAUUUAUUUAACAUAAAAUGAUCUUAACUGUGACUAUAUUUAUCAUUAGCUGUUAACAUUUCAAAACAAAAUUAAAGGAGUUGUUCCUAUUGUUGUUAACUAUCUUGCAUUAAAAUUUCUUCUAGCAUUUGUCUAAAAAUACAUUGGCUUAGUAAUUAAUGUGAAGUUGAGUGGAAAGUAAAAGAAUAAUUUUCUAGUUUAUUUCUAAUUUAUCUUGUAUUGCAUGUGCUAAAGUAGUAAUGAGCAAUGUUAAAUAACUGCCAGCAAUGAAAUUUUGUUCACGACAUAUAUGUCAAGGGUCAUCAGUCUCUCCAUCUGGCAACACACUGAACCACAUGCCUUGUCAUAUUAUGCAAAUUUACAUUUACUACCGGGGUAGACAAAGAUAAAGCAGAAAAUCUAUUGUAGCAUUGACCAAUGUAAAUUAGGAACCAAAUAUGAGUAAGUUUUUAUACAUUUAGUCAUGUUUUACUAUCAACGUUAAAGAAAGUGGUUUUGCGUGAUUCACAUAUUGCAUGCUAGCUGUGUCAGCAAAAUGCAGGUAAAAGACAUUUUAUGAAAAACAUCACAUUUUAAGCUCCUACUAUCCUUUGCUGCAUUUCUGCUUACAUUGCUUUUUGCAAUCACAUUUGUUAGAUGAGAUCAAAGCACUAGCUUAGGUCAACAGGGUGAAGUGAGCAGUUACCAUCUACCAGUGUAUACAUUAAACCCACAUUUGUAUUUAAUGUACAUGUCUCAAUGAACAACAAAAAACUUUUCUUGGACACACUGGUUUUAAAAUUUGGAGGGCAAAUUUAAAACCAAAGAUGUUAAGAUUUUUAGUUUUAAAAAAAAGUGCA